AUGGACCUCUGCUACACUUCCACAGUUACUCCCAGUCUGGUCAAAGAUUUGCUGUCUGAGAAGAAACCCAUUUCCUUCCGUGACUGCAUGAUUCAGCUCUUCACUAUGCACUUAUUUGGUGGGGUUGAGAUCUUAAUCCUUGUGGAGAUGGCCUACGAUUGCUAUGUUGCCAUCUGCAAACCCUUGCAUUAUGUGAUUGUCAUGAACAAGCAGCGGUGUGCCACAAUGGUUGCAGUGUGCUGGGGAGUAGCAUUUCUCUAUUCCAUGGUCCAGUGGUUCCUUGUCAUUUUUUUGUCCUUCUGCGGUCUUAAUAAGAUCGGUCACUAUUUCUUUGACAUUUGCCCUCUCCUGAAACUGGCUUGCUCAGAUACUAAUGUGACUGGAUUUUUAGUCUUCACCAACACGGGGGCAAUUAUGAUGGUUACUUUUGCAGUCCUUGUCUUCUCUUACGUCAUUGCUUUAGCCAAUCUGAGGACCCAUUCACUGGAACAGAGAGAUGAAAACAGCCAUGAGAAAAGUGUGGUGUUGGAAGCCGCAUUUGGAGGGAAAAUCAGGCAGAUACAGGUUGGUGGGGUUGCACGUUUCAGGCAGCCCCAAGGAAAGAAAUUUGACUCUCAGGAAACCAAAGAUGACUCAAGAUUCAGAAACUCCGUGUUUAGGAAACUACCUCCAUCCAAUGUGAAGGUCCCUAGUCAUUUUAAUAUAAAGAAGAAUCCAGAUUGCAAGUACCUAGAAUCGAAUUAG